AUGCUGGCCAUUGCGACGAACAGCAACGAGUUCUGUGGUGGCUCCAGGUAUGGCAGCGUAGACACCGUUGGGAACAUCGGCCGCGAUGAGUAUCCUGUUGCCGGAACGGUCGAGAACGGAGACGUUGAUGAACUCGCCGACGCCCUGGGCUGCUUCACUCUAGGAGACGCUGGUGAACUGCGCUUCUUCGGUUCCUCCAGUAACUUCAGCAUCAUUCAGAACCAUUCAUUGAGGGUAGCGUCGUCAGUCGACGCCCGGAGUCGUGGAGUCGCUGCUGCUCGGGCGAUGCCUGACUUCUUUGAACCAUCUGACGAGCUUCGAGAUCACCUGUUGGAGCUCUACUGGCGGUGGCAGAAUUCCUGGCAGUAUAUCGUGGCGCGCGAGUCCUUUGUGAUGGACCUCUAUGUUCAUAAAAACGGCAGAUUCUGCACCCCUCUCCUGCUGACCGCCAUGAUGGGGUUUGCUUCGCGAUAUUCUUCGCGGCCGGAACUCAGGACCAAUCCAGACGACGCAAACACCGCGGGCGAGAUGCUCGUGGCUCAGGCACGAACCAUGCUUCACCACGAGUACGAAGCCCCGACCACGUCGACGGUCCAGGCGGCCGGCAUUCUCGGGCUUUACUGGGCCUCGCUGGAUCGAGAAGGGCUGGGGUUCAUGUACAUUGGCAUGGCCUCGAGAAUGGCGAUGAACCUGGGACUGCAUUCCGACUGUUCUGCCUACAUUGCUCGAGGAAUGAUCUCCGAGGAGGACGUCGAGGCACGCAAGAUAGCAUUUUGGGGUAUCUACGUCUUGGACAAGCUUUACUGUCUCGGGAUGGGAAGACCAGCGGGUAUCCAGGAGUUCAACAUCACCACAACGAAGCCCAAGGCCCAGGAUCGUGCUCUGACUGGUCUGACCGAACAACAGCUCAGGAUCUCUCAACCGUGGCCGACUUCGCACAUUACCGAAAACGCCAUGCAGAUGUGUGAGAUAUUUAUCAUCACUUCCGAAGUGAUUGACCAGCUUUACGCUCAGAGGCCAGCGUGGGACGAGCGCGAAAAGGUUGACAGAAUCACGCGAACACAUCUGCGGCUGGUGAAAUGGUUCGAUGAGCUCCCCAAGACUCUCAAGAUCUCCGAGUCGAGUCUCCAGCCUUCACCUCCCUACGUGUACCAGCUUCACCUCCAGUACCACGUCUCAAUCAUUCUGUUACACCGUCCCUUCUUCAGGGUGCUCUACAGCCGCCAGAGUAGCGGAGAAUACGAUCCUGACGGGGGAGAUUUCCACUCGAGAUCAUGUCAAGCAUCCGCCGCGAAGAUCUCGAGUAUCCUACGCAUAUACCGGGACAAUUAUACCAACCGAUGUAUGCCAAUAUCCGCAGUGCACCCGGCCUUCACGGCGGCCAUCAUCCACCUUCUCGACCUCAAAACGGCCGACCUUGUAGGAAGAAGGAAGGCCAUGCGGCGCUUCGAGGUCUGCCUCCGAAGCUUGUACGAGAUGAACUCCAAUUGGGAUUGGGCGAAUCGCGCCAUUAGAGCCACCCAGUCCCUGGCCACGCAGUGGCAGGUGGACAUAUGGGCAUCGUCUGUCUUGUCCAACGAAUUGAGCCAGGAGAACCUGCGGCAGUUCCGCAUCCAUGAGGAAUCUUGUCAUCAGGAGGGUCCCAAGCUCAAUUCCUUCCACCCUGGCACAGGCGCCGAAAGGGCACGCAUUGCCGACCCCUUUGACGAAUUCUUUAAUGCUUGGACCUACGAUCAGGCAUUCAUGGAUGGAACAUUUGAUUUCUUUCCUGAGGAUUGA